AUGUUUGUAGCUGUUAAGGAAGCUCCUAAAGGUGUUAUGUCGUGGAAGGUAUUGUCUUCUUCAAUUGUUGCUCCUUCAUUUGAUGGUAUGACUCCUACUGUUAAAUCCUACUUUGAUAGUUAUGUUGAUCGUAUUGUUGCUGAUGCCCAAGAAAGGGGAGAGCAUCAUAUUGCUCGGGAAGAUAAGCUAGCUACUAAAGCCAUUGAAAUGGAGAUUUUCUCGUCCUCGUCGGACGGGCAGAACCAAUCAACUAAGAACGGGAAAGCGGCUCCCAUCGGGCAAUCCAAACCCAACGAUGGAAAACCGCCCCCGAGAGACCGUCAGACGGCCACCCCGUCAACCCAAAGCUCCAAACAGGUCGAGGACCUGGAGGCCGAUGCAGAAUCCCUCCAAGUCGAGAUCCCGAUUCCAGAAAACAUCGACCCGGUCACUGCCGCACUGCUCAGCGCAGUUAACCGGACCAACACUCUGUUGUUCGAGCAGAACAAGAGGAUAAUAGCUGCAUUGGGAAAGAAACGUCGAUCCAGGACACCUCCGAAGAGGCGCUACCACCACCGCUCCUCAUCCAGCUCUCGCUCUCCUCCCAGGAGGAAGUACCGCAACCGCUCCUACAGCCCCUCUCCUAGACGAGGCAGUAUGUCCCCCGGAUACAAACGCGACCGGUCCGAUUCCGAGAGUCCCCGAGGACGGAAACGGAACCGUGGCGCCGCUUCAAAGAAGACCUCUGUUUCCAAGCACAAAGACCUAUCACCGAGGAAGAAGCCCGCCUCCCUCAUAAAGGACGCGGGGAAACCCUCAAGAAAGCUGGAAAGCCCUCCAAGCCGGGACAUUCCCCGAAACGUCCUCGUCGCUACACUCCUUCACCUCCUGAGAGUGACGAGGAGAGACAAAACCUUUUCUCCAAGGAAAUUGUCAAAGCCAGAAUCCCCAGGGGAAUGGAAAAACCUCCAGUGA